AUGCACCAUUUGGAAACCUUCCAUGGGGAUCCCGAGUUGGUCACUCGGUCCAGCAAAGAACCAUGCAGCAUCGAGAAAGCUGUGGAGUUCCUCAAGGCAUGGCAUGAGGGCGAGAAGCCUUUCUUCACGAAGAAAGACCUUCAAGAUGUCUCGAACCAACUCAAUCGCCGGUACUACACCCGGCGAAAGAGUGAUUCAAAGCAACUGAUUUCUGUCAAAGGCCUCAGCGGCUCCAAGAUUUACUACCAAGUAAUUACUGGACAGGUCCUGUUAGGAGCGGAGAAUGAGGAGUGGGAAGUCCAGAAACCAAAGCUCCGAUACUCCUGCUAUGAACAACUCGUUUCAGCAGUCGAGUCUCGAACCAUCGACCUGGCGGAGGCCUUUUUCCCUGUGCAGAUUGAGCAUUUCAUGCUUGCGCGAGCGAGUGACACUAAGCAGCCCACCUCCCGUGCGUACGUUGAGAACCCCGUGGCCCUGGACGAGACUCUCGAAGCAACCCUGAAGUCCUGGAAGAAAACACCCGAGUUCCAGGAGCUCAGUUCCAUCCUUCAGCUCGUCUUUAACGCCCAUGAAGUCACUAAGGUGGUGGGUAUCGCAUCUGGAUCAAUGGAAUUUGGACCCGAAAGUCAACCCGAAACCGGAGUCAGAAACAGAAAGCGAUCGGCGACAACAGACCCAAAGGGCCAAGGUCCUUGCGAGGGUUGCGGAGAAAUUCUUUAUGACAACAUCCAUCGCAGCGCGGUCCAACAUUCUAUUAUGAUCACAAUUAGGGAUAGGAUUGAAGAGAUCACCAACAAGAAAAUCCAACUCUAUGCUCAGGAUCCCUGCUACACUGCCAUUGACACCUGGGCUCUUGCGCAGCAUGACUGUAAAGUCCUGGAAGACCCCCAGGCGUUGCUGGAAAUUGACGACAACAGCGUUCUGUUCUCUUGCUGCCCGGCCCUUCCAUUGAAAGAGAUUACUGUUGACUUUGCUCGGCCUGUUAUGCUGAUUUGGGGUCGGGUUGUCCUUGGAACAAUUGUUGGCCGCCAUAACCCAAACACCGACCGCGUACGAAACAUGAUUGAACAUGAAUAUGACUGCUAUGAGUUCUGGGGCAUAUACGGGGCUGGGCAUGGUCCCUUUGUGUCCAACCUUGUUGUGUAUAUCCGCCGUGAAUGA